CCUAUAUAAAAAUAGGUGUUAUAAGUUAUAACAAUGAAAAUUUGACAUCUCUAAUUUAAAGAAGAAGCAGAGACAAUAUGAAUAUGAAUUUCCCACUAUUUACUAGUCUGCCGCUUCUUUUAUUGUACUGCCUUAUGAUCACAACAAUAUUGGUGGAGGCCAACACUAACAAUGUUCACAUUGUUUAUAUGGGAGAAAAGCAGCACCAGGAUCCUGAUUUGAUCACUGAUUCACAUCAUCACUUACUUGCCAAAAUAGUUGGAAGUAAAGAGAGAGCUUCAGAAUUGAUGGUAUACAGUUACAGACAUGGCUUCUCUGGUUUUGCUGCUAAGCUCACUCAGUCUCAAGCUCAACAUAUUGCUGAGUUACCGGGUGUUAUUCGAGUCAUACCAAACACAAUCCACAAACUACAAACAACGAGGACUUGGGACUCUCUUGACCUCACAAUAACUAAAGCACCUUCCAAUCUUCUUCAGAAAACCAACAAUGGCGAUGGAGUUAUUAUAGGCGUAUUCGACACAGGAAUAUGGCCAGAGUCUAAAUCCUUUAGCCAAAAUGGGCUCGGCCCAGUUUCCUCUCGCUGGAAAGGUGUAUGCCAGUCUGGCCAAAGCUUCGACCCCAAAAAACACUGCAACCGAAAAAUCAUAGGAGCUCGGUGGUUUGUCAACGGGUUCUUGGCAGAGUACAAUAAGCCCCUAAACGCAUCAGGGGAGAUCGAGUACUUAUCCGCAAGAGACGCAAAUGGGCACGGCACCCACACGGCUAGUACGGCAGCCGGUUCGUUUGUGGGCAAUGCCAGCUACAAAGGCCUAGCCAACGGCACGGCACGCGGCGCUGCUUCGAAAGCGCCCGUGGCCGUAUACAAGGUGUGCUGGAACUUCCUGGGCGGGCAGUGUUCUUCAGCGGAUAUACUCAAAGCCUUCGACGAGGCCAUACACGAUGGAGUGGAUGUGCUGUCGCUGUCGAUUGGGUUUAAGAUUCCCAUGUUUUCCGAUGUGGAUGAACGAGAUGGCAUCGCAACGGGGUCGUUUCACGCUAUGGCCAGAGGGAUUACUGUCGUUUGUGGAGCUGGGAACGACGGGCCUUCAGCUCAGACUGUACAGAACACUGCUCCUUGGAUUUUGACCGUGGCGGCAAGCUCUAUUGAUCGAGCGUUUGUUAAUUCUAUUACUUUAGGAAACAAUAAAACUUUAAUGGGAGAAGGUAUCUAUAAGGGAAGGGAGAUUGGUUUGACUGGCUUGUUAUAUCCAGAGGCGAACGGGCUUGAUCCAACUGCAUCAGGAGUUUGUCAAGCUCUUCAGCUAAAUCAGACCAAGGUUGCUGGACAAGUGGUGCUGUGCUUCACCUCAAUGACUCGAAGAGUUGCUAUAGUAAGUGCAGCAGCCACUGUUAAAGCAGGCGGUGGAGUUGGUCUUAUUGUAGCCAAGCAUCCAAGCAGUGCCUUAUACCCAUGUCCUGGUGAUUUCCCUUGUAUUGAAGUUGACUAUGAUGUUGGCACCAAAAUCCUCUUUUACAUUCGGUCAAACAGAAAUCCUCUAGUGAAGUUGAGCCCUUCCAAAACAGUUGUUGGAAGACCUUUAUCAGCCGAAGUGGCCCAUUUUUCAUCAAGGGGACCUAACUCCAUUGAACCUGCAAUCCUCAAGCCAGAUAUAGCUGCGCCCGGUGUGAACAUCUUAGCUGCAACUUCUCCUCAUGACCAAUUUGCCGAUGGCGAAUACGUCAUGCACUCAGGAACUUCCAUGUCAACUCCCCACAUUUCAGGCAUUGUAGCUCUUCUAAAAGCAUUGCAUCCCACUUGGUCUCCUGCUGCCAUUAAAUCAGCACUUAUCACAACUGCACGGAGGACUAGUCCAUCUGGUUCCCCAAUAAUUGCAGAAGGGUCACCCCAAAAACUGGCUGAUCCAUUCGAUUAUGGAGGAGGCAUUGUAAAUCCAAACGCAGCAGCUGAGCCUGGACUAGUUUAUGACAUGGGCAUGGCUGACUACAUUCAUUAUCUCUGUGCAAUGCAUUAUAACAACACUGCCAUAUCUAGGCUUACAGGGAAUGUCACAACUUGUCCAGUUCAAAAAUUGUCUGUUCUAGAUGUUAACUUACCUUCUAUUAUCAUACCAAACAUUAGGAGAGGUUCCAUUACAGUAACAAGAACAGUCACAAAUGUUGGAACACAAAACUCAACUUACAGACCAACAAUUGAGCCUCCAUCUGGUGUAGCUGUGUCAGUAAGGCCUGGUGUAUUGAUUUUUAACUCUACUGUUAAGAAGAUCUCUUUCAAGGUCACAUUCAAUACAACUCUCCAAAUGAAUACUCAGUACUUGUUUGGGAGUUUAACUUGGUCAGACAGAGUGCAUUUUGUGAGAAUUCCUUUGGCUGUGAGAACAGAGAUGUUUCAACCUUAUGGUGAUGGGUACUAUAAUUAAGGCCAUUUAUUAAGCUAUUAUGGAAAAUUGGUCAAUAAAUUUGUUAGUAUUUCUCACCUUGUUUCUUUAUAUUUGGAGUAAAUAUUCUUUAAAACUACCUUUAUGAAGGGAAUUUAGUUGAAUUUCUCAAUAAAAAAAAUUCUGAUACAGUUCUAUUUAUUUA